AUGCAUGUUCAACAGCAGGUCGUAAAGUUCGACGAAUUGUCGGAAUUUCAAUGGCAAGUUGCUACACAAGCAUUUAACUGGGCUUCGCGAAGUUUGGAAGAGAAAGCCCAAAUGUUUCUAUGCCAUCAUAAUUGGCGGCACUUCUACAUACAACUAUGUAGCGACACGGCCUGGAAAUUGGUUAUGCAGCACAGGAAAAGCAAUAAGAUGCUUGCAACUAUGAUAUUGGACUAUCUCGAUGACAAUGACAUUAGGAUUUUCUUAAAUCAGGAAACGAGGCCUAAGUACCUCAGCAUUUUGCAUUUAAUGACAGUCGAACGCAUAACCGUUGCAGCUGAGAAUGCAACAGAGGAAAAGCGACGCAAUCUUCUCCAGGGGUUUGAUAAGAAAGGGGAAGUGCUAGAGAAACUUACAGGAAGUCAAAUACGUCGCAGGUCGAAGCUUGACAACUCGAAGAGUCACAAAUCCGAACAGCCAAACAUAUACAUCGCAACAAGAGACUUCAUGUCGACCUUAGCUGAGUCCGCGAGAAGGUGCAGCUAUUGUUUGGAAGACUAUAGUGAUUUAUCAAGUUUUAUUUUCCGAUGCCCUGCACAUACGGUACAUCAGAGCCGAUGUUCUGGCAAAGGCGACACACCUUGUCCAGCUUGUUGGAAUUAUUCUAGUGUUUGA